AUGGAGGUUGAUCUCAUCAUUGAGAAUGCUACUGUGGUAACAGCAUCUGAUGUUCAUGCCCGACAAGAUAUCGUCGUCCGCGACGGCAAGAUCCUAGCUGUAGGGCAAGACAUGAAGACUCUCUUUUCAGCCAAGACAGUAAUAGAUUCGCAACAUGGAUUCGUAAUGCCGGGAGGCGUGGAUUCCCACGUACACCUUGACCAGGACAACUCUCCCACGGGAGACAACUUUGAAACCGGCACUAGAUCAGCUAUUGCAGGUGGCACAACAACCAUCAUCGCCUUCGCAACCCAGGAACGCACUCACCAGUCUCUUCACCCUGUCGUUGAUGAUUACCACUCACGUUCCAGGGGCAAAUCAUACUGCGACUAUGGCUUCCACAUCAUUCUCACGAACCCAACACCAACCAUCCUCCGUGACGAGCUUCCCUUCUUCGUAAGCGAGGGCAUCACAUCCGUCAAGCUCUACAUGACGUACGAGCCGCUACAGCUCAAAGACGGAGAAAUCCUAGACGUGAUGAUGGCCACGCGAAACCUGGGCAUGACAACCAUGGUCCACGCCGAGAACAGCGACAUGAUUACCUGGAUCACGGCCCGCCUGGCAGAGCAAAACCUCACGGCGCCGUACUACCACGCCAUCAGCCGGCCCAACAUCGCCGAAGACGAGGCGACGUACCGCAUCAUCGCCCUCGCCGAGCUCUCCGACAUACCCAUCCUCAUCGUCCACAUGUCCUCCAAGACCGCCGCCGUCCACGUCAGGAACGCGCAGACGCGGCUGCUGCCCAUCCACGCAGAGACCUGCCCCCACUACCUCUACCUCACGGCCGACGCCCUGCGUCCGUCUCAUCCCGCGACGGACGGCUUUUCCGGCGCGAAGCAUAUUUGCAGCCCGCCGCUGCGCGAGGACCGCAUGGAUUUGGACGCCAUGUGGGCCGGCAUCGCCAACGGGACGUUUACGACGUUUAGUUCGGAUCACGCGCCGAGUAAGUACGACCACCCUUGCGGCAAGAAGGCGGGCUUGGGCAAAGAGGACGGCUCGAUGCGGUAUGACAAGGUGCCCAACGGGCUGCCCGGCGUCGAGACGCGGAUGCCCCUGCUGUUUGAGGGCGGCGUGCUGUCGGGUAGAGUGACGCCGCAAAAGUUUGUCGAAGUGACGGCGACGAACCCGGCAAAGCUUUAUGGGCUGGGGGACACGAAGGGUGCGAUCGCCGCGGGGUAUGAUGCCGACUUUGUUAUUUGGUACCCGACGGCUGAGCAAGUUGCUGCAAAUGGUGGGACGGGUUCUGCCAAGAUGGAGCCGUUCGUCUUGGAGAACUCAAUGUUGCAUCAUGAUAUCGAUUACUCGCCUUUUGAGGGGAUGAAGUUUACCAACUGGCCGCGUUAUACCAUCCUGCGAGGUAACGUCGUAUGGGAUCGCGAUGGCAGCGGGAUCGUUACCGACAUGGGAUAUGGUAACUUCUUGCGACGUGGUAAGAGUACUUUGAGUAAGCCGAGGAAUCAAUGGGUGAAUGAGUUUCAACCUUUACUCGCAAAGUAA